AUGGGCUCACCAAACGCUACGAAGCCUACAAUGAAGCACUCGACUGCUUCUUCGUUCUCCGUCAGAUCCUCCGUCGCUCUCUCCUCUCACUCGGCAAUGGUGGAAUUGAAGCAGAGGAUACUAACCUCCCUCUCCAGAAUCGGCGACCGCGACACUUACCAGAUCGCAGUCGACGACCUCGAAAAAGUCGUCGUCUCCGUCUCCGACUCCCCCGAAACACUCCCGGUGCUUCUCCACUGCCUGUUCGAUUCCUUCGCCGAUCCCAAAGCCCCCGUCAAGAGAGAAUCGAUACGGCUCCUCUCCUUCCUCUGCCUCACUUACUCCGAUCUCACCUCCUCACAGCUCGCCAAAAUCAUCUCCCACAUCGUCAAGCGCCUCAAGGACGCCGAUAACGGCGUGCGCGACGCUUGCCGCGACGCAAUCGGCUCCCUCUCCGCGCAGUUUCUGAGCGAGACGGAGGAGGGAAAUGGGUCUUCGCUUGUGGGGCUCUUUGCGAAGCCAUUGUUCGAGGCCAUGGCGGAGCAGAACAAAAGCUUACAAUCCGGUGCUGCGAUUUGUAUGGGGAAGAUGGUGGAUUCUCCAACGGAGCCUCCCGUUGCAGCUUUUCAAAAACUCUGCCCUAGAAUCUCCAAGCUUUUGAAUAGCCCCAAUUACAUUACUAAAGGUUCUCUCUUGCCUGUAGUUGGAAGCUUAUCUCAGGUUGGAGCUAUUGCACCUCAGAGCUUGGACUCAUUGCUAAACAGCAUCCAUGAGUGCCUUGGAUGUGCAGAUUGGAUCACUCGUAAGGCGGCUGCUGAUGUUUUAAUAUCAUUGGCCGUCCAUUCUAGUAGUUUGGUUUCAGACAAAACAGAUUCCACUCUUACAGCUCUCGAGGCCUGUCGUUUUGAUAAGAUAAAACCUGUUAGAGACAGCUUGUCUGAAGCACUAAACGCCUGGAAGAACAUUGCUGGGACGUCUGAUGACCAGAAGGACGUGUCAUCUGAGCAGUGUAUGCUGGAAAGGAAUGGGGAAACCGAUUCAAUCGCAGGACUGGUGACGCAAGGGUCUUCUGAUGGUUUGAGCAGUAAUUCAGAUUCCAUAUCGAGAGCAGUGCUCAUGUUGAGGAAGAAAGCACCUCGCUUGACUGGCAAAGAUCUUAACCCAGAGUUUUUCCAUAAACUGGAGAAAGACGGUUCUGGUGAUAUGCCUGUUGAAGUUAUUCUUCCCUGCAGGCAAAAGAACUCGUCGAACUCAAACACGGAGGAUGAUGAAUCAGACGCCAAUGCUUCAGUAUCGAUGAGUAGGUCCAAAGGUUUGUCCAGAACAGGUAGUGAUCAUUCCAAACAAAGACAUUUUGGAGAUUUUGCUAGAGAGGAAUGGGUUGAUGAAAUACAGGCGGAAGCAGCUGAAAACAGAGGGAACUGGCCACCUUUACAGAGACAGUUAUUGCAGUUGGAGAGACAACAAACUCAUAUAAUGAACAUGUUGCAGGGUUUCAUGGGUGGUUCACAUGAUGGCAUGACAAGUUUGGAGAACCGUGUUAGAGGUCUUGAGAGGAUUGUACAAGAGAUGUCAAGAGAAAUGUCCAUACAAUCAGGUGCGAGAGGAAAGGCGGCUGCAUCGUGGAGGUCUGAUGUAGAUGGAUGGGAUAGUCCUACCUACGGAGCUUCUUCAAGAAACGCUCAGACCAGCACAAGAAGAAUACGUGGCACUGUUGAGCACUCUGGUAACAGCAGAAGAGCGUGGGACAAAAGCUCUGUACCUAUAAGACUAGGUGAAGGACCUUCCGCUAGAAGCGUGUGGCAAGCUUCGAAAGACGAAGCUACUCUUGAAGCAAUACGUGUAGCUGGAGAAGAGCGUGGAGGAACGUCGAGAAAAAGGCGAGUAUCUAUCAUCCCUCAAGCAGAAGCGAUAAUGGAGGAAGACGACGAUGGCCGUGGAGGACAAGGGAGAGACCCUGUGUGGACUUGCUGGAGCAAUGCGAUGCACGCACUCCGAGUUGGUGAUACUGAUUCUGCAUUUGCUGAGGUGUUAUCAACGGGAGACGAGCUUUUGCUUGUCAAGUUAAUGGACAAAACCGGUCCUGUUCUUGAUCAACUCUCGAGUGAUAUUGGACAUGAGGUUCUUCAGUCUAUAACACAGUUUCUGCUGGAUCAUACUCUGUUUGAUAUCUGUCUCUCUUGGAUUCAACAGCUGCUAGAAGUAAGUGAAGAAAACGGAGAAGAGUUUAUGGGGAUACCAAUGGAGCUAAAGAAGGAGCUUCUGUUGAAUCUACAUGAAGCUUCUUCAACAACGGAUCCUCCUGAGGACUGGGAAGGUCUAGCUCCGGACCAUCUUUUGGUUCAAUUAGCAUCGAACUGGACCAUCGAGCUCCAACAUUUCGACCAGUAA